CUCCUCCCCCUUUGUUCAAUAAAGUGUCUGCCCAACUUGAGUCACUCUGCAAGAAGCCAGGAACUAACAAGAGAAAAAGGAUCUCAGCCAGUGGUGUGGGCAAGAUGGAAAACAACCUCUCCAUCCCUCUGAAUGGAUCCGAAGAGAUGCUCCAUGAGUCUGCUGGCUACAAGGUUCUGCAUAUCCUGCCAUUGGUGGUGCUUGGGGUCACCUUUGUCCUUGGCAUUCUGGGCAAUGGGCUUGUGAUCUGGGUGGCUGGAUUCCGGAUGGCACGCACAGUCACCACAAUCUGUUACCUGAACCUGGCCUUAGCUGACUUCUCCUUCACUGUCACCCUACCAUUCCUCAUUGUCUCAAUGGCCAUGAGAGAACUGUGGCCUUUUGGCUGGUUCCUAUGCAAGGCAGUUCAUAUUGUGGUGGACAUAAACCUGUUUGGAAGUGUCUUCCUCAUUGCUUUCAUUGCCCUGGACCGCUGUAUUUGUGUCCUGCAUCCAGUCUGGGCCCAGAACCACCGUACAGUAAGCCUGGCUACAAAAGUGAUCAUUGGACCUUGGAUUCUUGCCCUAAUCCUUACCUUGCCAGUUUUCAUCUUCUUGACUACAGUAAAUGAUGGAACAGGGAAUAUAUACUGUACUUUCAGUUUUGCAUCCUGGGGCAACAGUAUUGAAGAGAGGUUGAAGGUGGCCAUCACCAUGUUGACAGCCAGAGGGAUCAUCCGGUUUAUCAUUGGCUUCAGCAUGCCAAUGUCCAUCGUUGCUAUCUGCUACGGGCUCAUUGCUGCCAAGAUACACAAAAAAGGCAUGAUUAAAUCCAGUCGUCCCUUACGGGUCCUUACUGCUGUUGUGGCUUCCUUCUUUCUCUGUUGGUUCCCCUUUCAACUGAUUGCCCUUUUAGGCACAGUCUGGCUCAAAGAGAUGUUGUUUGAAGGUAAGUACAAAAUCCUUGACCUCUUGGUUAAUCCAACGAGCUCCCUGGCCUUCUUCAACAGCUGCCUCAACCCAAUGCUCUACGUCUUCAUGGGCCAAGACUUCCGAGAGAGACUGAUCCACUCCCUGCCUGCCAGUCUGGAGAGGGCCCUUAGUGAGGAUGUAACCCAGACCACUGACACAACAGCCAAAUCUGCUUUACCAUCUGCAGAAGCAGAGUUACAGGCAAUGUGAGGGGGCUGAGAGCCAUUUUUUAGCUCUGCAUGCUCCUACCGUGCUCGCAUUUUCAGCUUCACAUUACCAUGGGUCAUACUGAAGCACUCAUCCUGAAAAAUGCUUUGGUGUUCCUUGAUUUGGGAGGGAAAAAGUGACAUAGAUGUUAUUUUGAUUUUGGACCUCAGCCUGUACCCUGGGAUAAGUGGAGCCUGUCAAAGAGUACAAGAAAGAAAAGAAAGUGAUAGGGUGUUUGUAAAGUUUACUUAAGAGAGUAUAGUAGGGGGAAAACGUUUUUUAUUUCACCAUUAAAAUUUUGCUUAGGGUUUUUAAAAAGCUGUUUUUAAUCAGAUUAUAGAAAUUUCUUUGUAUUCUUAGUUUUAGUACUUAGUUUUAGUUUUCUUUUUUAAAAUCAUGAAUAGCUAUUGGAUUGUAUAUCAUGCAUUUUAUGUGUAUAUGAAGAUGAUCAUUUAGUAUUAUCCUUUUAUUACACAUUACACUGAUUAAUUUCUGCAUGUUAAACUACCCUUGCAGUCAUAGGAUAAGCCACACUUAGUCAUGAUGUAUUUGUUCUAUUUAUAAAUGAUCUCACUAGAUUUGUUUAGAACUUCUGCAUUUAUGUGUAUGUAAAGAUGGGUCUAUUUUCUUUCCCUUAGUGUCCCUAUCACCUUUUACACGAAACUUCUAAUGGCCUCCUAAACAGACCUGGGAAGAGAUUCCUCUGACUCUUUUCUUUCAUAAAUGUUUAGACUUUCACCAGUGAAGCCAAUUGGCCUUGGGUUUUCUUUCUGGGAAGGCUUUUAGCAAUGAGUUCAAUUUCUUUAAUAGUUAUGUCCCAUAACUAUUUCUAUUUCCUCUUCUGUCAAUUUUGGUAAACGGUGACUUUCAAGGAAUUUAGCCAUUUCAUCCAAACUGUCAAAUCUAUUGGCAUAAAACAGUAUAAUAACUGUAUAUAGUAUUUGGUAUGGUUUCCUUCACAUAAUGGGAGUGAUGUAACAUAACUAAGCUAUCUGAAGGCAGGGAUUUUGGUCCAUAUGUUCACUGAUGGAUCCCUACACCUAUAUGUAAAAUAGUGCCUAAUGAGUGACAGAUGGAUACUCAAUAAAUACUGAAUUAACGAAUCAAUAACAAAAGUGUCAUCUAAAUGUCAAGUAAAAACCUUUAAUGUCUAGCUAAAAUGACCUCUCACCCUCAUUUUAUGAAUUGAGAGUACCCAGGGAAUUCUCACUGCAGUUUACAAUAUUUACAAAUUCCCAUGUAGUUUAUGUUUUUAUGAACACCUCUGGUUUUGAGUUUCUGCUUCAAGUAAAGCACUUUGGAUGUUGCCUGGUGCUUUUCUUUUGGAAAAAAGUCAGUCCAAGAUAGU